UGUAAAUUCAUAGCGUACAUGUUUUUUUUCGUUUUAUAUCCAGAUCUUUUGGAUUAACUAUUACUAGCAAUUAAAGGUUUGUCACAGAAUUAUUACUAAAGACAUAAAAGGCAGUAUUGCACAGGUAGGUUUUGAAUAUAUCGUGACUUUUAUUAAAUAAAGAUGGGAAAGAAAAACAAAAAAAUAAAAAAGGAUGUAUUUUCUGCAUUUUGUGACAAACAUCCUAAGCAUGCUAUAGAAAUGUUUUGUGUGGAUUGUGACAAAGUUGUCUGUGUAAUUUGCCAAGCUACAGAACAUAAAAGUGGCGCUCAUACGAAGAUACUUACAAUCGAAGAAGCAUCUACUGACUGCGCUAAAACUAAGGAGUUUUUAGAGUAUGAAGACAAACUUAAUACAGUUUUCACACGUGAAACUAAAACAUUGGCAGAUAAUGACGAAUUUAACACAAUAACGGAUCAAUUAAAAGAAGAAACAGAAUCUUUGAUUAAGAAGCAUAAACAGGUCAUGAUUGAUCUGAUUGAAAAACAUUACAAGAUGUUAUCUAAGAGGAAUCGGCUCAAGUACGAAGAAUCAAAUAAAAGAUUACUGAGUGUGAAUGAGCAAUUGUGUAAGAAUGAGAAUAAAACUUCAGAGAUUCGUCAGGAAAUCAAUGCAAAAAAAGAGAGUGGACAAAGCGUUGCAUUGUUUAUAGCUAUGAAAAAAUCUCAAGAUAAUGUACGGCAAAUUGAAAUUGAGUUAGAAGAAAUUGAAAAACUAAAUUUUGUUGAAAGGUAUGAGUUUCAAGCAGGACACAUGGUGAAACAGCUUUUGGAGGAAGAAAAAGAAUUUGGUGAUUUAUUGGAAACGGCCUCCUUGUCUCUAAAAGUACCACCACGUGAAUUAACACCUCGUGUUGCUUUAGUGUUUCCUCGUCAAGACAAAGCAGGAAUAGAAGCAGAAGAAGCUGAAGAAGAUGAACUUGAUGGUUACGAGCCUGUUGGACAAAUUGCUACAGCAGUAUCAAAUGAUGAUCAGAAGACUCGACAAAAAACAUCUCCGCGCAGAGGUUCUACUCAGUCUUUAAAUAUUUCAUUUACUGAAGAAACAAACGAACAAGAACGUUUAAGCGGAGACAACUUCAAAAUUCCUAACACAGGCAUGUAUCACAGUUUUAAAUUUUCUUCAUUUUUGGCAUGGCAAAUUUUCGCACUAUGGCAAAUAUAAACAGACAUAGAAAAUAAAAGAUUUAUUCAAAAGCAUUAAUUGUGAAUUAUCAAAUCAUCAUCAUUAUCAUAACCAUAAUUAUCAUUGUCAUCAUAAUAAUAGUCGUAAGUAUCAUCAUGAUUAUCACCAUUAUAUUUGCUUCUGAGCUCUCAUUCGGAUAUUAUGUUCCAUGAAAACCGAGGUGGCGCAGAGAUUUGAUUUUUUUUCAAAUUGGUGGACAAAGUAGACAGUAAAAAAAAGAAGAAAAAGAAAAAAAACAGCAUUAUCAUCAAUGCCAUUACCAUAACACUCAUUAUUAUAUAACGCGAAUUGUUACCAAAUCGCGCGCGGCUUAUUAAAUCGUGAUUUUAUUUGUUUGUUUUUUCAUGGUCUUAUUAAUAAAUAUAAUUGAAUUAUAUAUUGAUUAUAUCUAUUUAAAUGGAUUAAUAGAAUCUAUCAUUGGGUUAGAUAGAGGAUAGGGAAAUCCCAACCCGAGGAUGAUCGUUUCUAUCGGGAACGAGCCUUGGCUGAUUAUUUUUCUCACUCACCUGGACACAAAUAAUAUCAGUGAAACUAGAUCUACGCCCUAGUUUUGAAAAGCGGGGCGGGGCUUAGGCGCCUGACGUACGUCCGGAAAAAAUGCUACUGACCAAGUUUAUGUGGGAAAAAUUCAAUGAAAAUAAAUUCAUAUGAGAUCCCUCAUAAAAAGCAAGGUUAUCAUGAUAAAACACAUCAAAAUUAAAGUCAAAGUGUCAUAAUAUAAGUGUUUAUAAGGAAUUCAGUCCAUACUAAAAUGGUUGCCAAAAAGCGUUUACCGUUUGCAAAGUUUUUUCUACUCACUCGGUUAUUUUGGCCGAAUAUUCAAUUAAAUUAUAUCAAAAUGAGAUUCGUCUUUAAGAAGCAUCAUUAUCAAAACAGAAAACAUGGAUGGUCUUCAGGAAAAGUGUCAUAAUAUCCGAUUUUACGAAGAAUUUUGCGAUAUUUUAAAGUGUGCUAUUUUUAGUAACAGAUCGAUAUUGAAAAGGGCGGACCUAUGUA